UCCCGACAGAAUUCGGCUGUUCUCGUCGCGAAGCGUCCAAGUGGAGGAGGAAAAGGAACGGAGAGUGGGGAGACUGGUCGCACCGCGGAGGAAGAAAAAGUAAACGACAAUUAAAUAUUGACACCAACCGUCAGCGGAAAGUGAAAGCGGUGCGAUUGGGCAGCUCUGUCGUCGACCGUGAGGUCCAUGUAGAGCUAGUUUUCCACGGUCUAUGGUGUAAACACACUGGUGUAGUUGUGACAUUGCGCCGUGAGCGACAGAGCAGAGGGAAAGGUCUCCUCCCAGUCUGUUGACGGAUAGAGUUUGGCUUCAGUGAAAGGAGACACGGCUAGCCCUGACUGUACAUAACCCCGGCCAGUGUUGUAUUGCCCAGGAUGUCUUCAAAGGCUCACAGUUCCAAUAACAUCGCCCAUGCCCGGCGGACGGUGCAGCAGCUGAGAAUAGAGGCGAGCAUUGAGAGGAUAAAGGUGUCCAAGGCCUCUGCAGACCUUAUGAACUACUGCAAUGAACAUGCCAGAAACGACCCUCUCCUUAUGGGCAUCCCUGCUUCAGACAAUCCCUUCAAGGACAAAAAACCCUGCACUAUAUUGUAGUGGAUGCCACUUAGCCUUUAUGUGUUUUACCUUUUUUUUUUCUUUUUUUUGCUUAUUAAUGUUGCUGUAUUCUUUUUGUUGGGAGGAGUGAGGGGUGGACUGUGAUCGUAUCAUUACCACCUGUUCUGCUCACAAUUCAACCAUGAUUUUCUCUCACAGCGAUCCGUAAUGAGGUGUUCUGUGGCUGCCCCGUUAGCUUGUAUUAUUCUCUGAAACUAUUGACCUCGCCAGUGCCACUGUUCAGUUUGAGCUCUGACCACUAACUAAGACUUUGGCUGUAUGAGUUAUGAUGGCAUCAGGUACAUAAAUAUCGAGAGCAGAUAUUGUUCUCUGAAUAUUUGAACAGCACUGACACAUUUCAGUGAUGAAUUAUGUCCUUCCUCUGUGCACAGUCUUGUCUCCAUUGGGUUGUGACUGUUAUUGCCUUUCUGUUUUGCCUUAAGUGGAUUCAUACAGCCAAAGUUUCCCUCCCGUCCUUUUAAAAGUAUAUCAGUUUAAAGAAGGAUAAUAAUGACUUCAGAUGUCAUUCCAAAUUUUUGUUCAAUUCAGAUCACUGAAUUCAGGGAUCAAGGUUUACAGUGAGCUUCUACUCAGAUGUUACCAUGAUCGGGGGCAGUAACUUCUGGUGUUAAAUUAAACUACAGUAACUCAAGGUAUUCUGUAACCCAUCACAGCCGCAGCAGCUCUGACUGGUCCACGACAAUCCACAUCCCAUUUAAUCCACCGUUUCCUGUCAGUUUAUGUGCAGUAUGAUUACCAUAAUACAGUGUUGUCUUAAGCUGAUUUAAUGAAACAUCACGUUGAGAUAAAUUCCAUAUAAACAUCUUAAAUCUAAGAUCAUUUUUGCUCAGAUUCAAGCCAUUGGGAUAAAAUGACCUGUGAUGCUUUUGGUACAUGUGAGAUACAAAGUGAAUGAAGCUAAAACGAAAAAUCACAUUAAUACAGUGCACAAAUUGUAUUUUAUUUUUAGUUUUUUGUUUUCACCGCAAGUGUCAGCUGACAUUGUGUAAUGAAGACUUUGGGACCAAGCCAAACCAAUGAUACUGCAUUUGAAAACAUUUAAACAUGCGUCUGAAUAUUUGCAGCCAUUCCUUCACUUUACCUGGUACGAUAUUUUUAGGAUGCUGACCUUACGGAGCAUGCCAGCAAAGUGUUACGCAACACUGUGAGCCACGCCUACUUGCUCGUCACAAUUGUCUUAGUCGAGUGCAUGUGCACGUCGUUGUCUUAAGGUGUGUUUGAUGCAAGUAUUGUAGGCACAGGUGUAAAUGGUAGUGUGCAUUGAUGAUAAAAACCACUCUCCCAAGACUGCUCUCAAAUUUUUCUUUUUUUUUUUUUUUUUUUUUAAAUUUUAAACUAUAACAUUUUGUGUCGGUGGGGAUCUUCAAUCUUCAGUCUAACAUGUCCUGCAUGCUGUGAUUCUCUGGGGGAAAUGUCUGCUAUGGUAAAUUUAACAAAAAAAAAAAAAAAAAAAAGGAAUAGAUAGUAUAAAGAAAAUUUUCUUACACUCUAAAGCCUUACUUAUGUUUGCCUUGUAUUAUGAAGAGCACUCUUAAUGGGAGUACUUUCUGUAGGAAAAAAAAAGAUGUUUCUAUCAAAUGUUUUUAUCUGUGGGAUGAAAGUGAUUUGUAACAUUAUCGUGCCAUCUGUUUUUGUCUGCGUGUCUCUAGCAAAACAUGUUAAAUCGUGUUUCACUUACCUGGUGCUCCGCUUUUCAGCAGUUUUGCUAUUGUUGCCUUCUCCAAAGGGUACUUUUAGGUCUUCAGAUCAGGAAGAUCUAGUGUUAUUAUCCCACUGUAUUUUUUAUGAUUGUCUCCUACAGUCAGUUCUUCUUACUUGCAAUAAAUCAUCCUGUACGCCUCUAAAGGAAAAAAAUUCAGAUUACCACUGCCAUGUCAUAAUUUCUGUCCAUUCAGCAGCCCUGUAAUGGCCUUAUUUGUACUAUUGAUAGAUUAAUUUAAUUGUCAAAAUUUGCAUUUUGAUAAAUGUCUUUAUUAAUAUACCAACCUUUGUAUGAAGACUUAACUACGAUUAAUAAAGUGAAGCAUUCCAACAGUACAGUACUGUACUAAUAUAUCAAUAAAGAUGUUUUGUGCUGCACAGUCAGAAGAUCUGAGCCUGUGAUGACCACUGUCUUUGACACCUCCUUCAACCAAUACUCAGAUUUAAACACUAUAGAAACCCGAUUGUCCAGAUUGAGCCUGGCCAGUAAGAUCUUCCCACAGUGAAUCUGGGGCCAUUUCCUCUCAUUAGUUGUUUAUUUAUAUCUCACUCGGGAGAGGAGAGACCUCAGGCCUCUCACCGUAGCUGUCAGACAAGAGAGCUAAAUAUAGAAAGUACCAAACCCUGAUUUCCACUCUUGGAGAGUAGUCUAACUAUUUUGGGAAACAGUCUGCUGAGCCUGAGAGUCUGUUUUCAUUCUCCGUUGGUGGCCACUCGUGUCUUCCUGACCUUGUUUUUGGCCAGCUGGUUCUGCACACAAUGGGAGGAUCAUAUAGGAAUAACACUCGUUUUCACCGAUUGUAACAACUGCAGAAAUCCCAAUUGACAAUUCUGACACUUAAAACAGACUAAUGAUGAAAUAACAUUGUCACCUAUUAUUUAUUGUUGAGGACUGGCUAAAAUAUAAAUUGCUUUUCUCUUGUCAGUUUCUCACGGCUGCUUCUCUUUUUCUUAAAAGAUCAUAUGUCGCUGCAGGGAAAACCAGGUGCAUUAACACUGUGUGGACUGAAGAACACUUUUAUUGAAUGUCAAAUAUAUUACACACGGAGAAUUAAAUCACAAUUCAUGCUUA